CCCUCUUCCACUCUUUCUCUGUUUAAACAGAGGAAUGCAGUAUGUGGCAGGCUGUGGCUCUUUGGCUGUUGAUACUUGCGACUCUGCUCCGGGUAUCAGUGCAGGGUCCUCACCAGCGGUUUCUGCUCAGGGAGCUGCUGAGGGACUACAACCCCAUGGAGAGACCGGUGGCCAACGACUCCCAGGCUCUCACUGUACAGUUUUCCUUCACUCUAAUGCAGGUCAUGGAUGUGGAUGAAAAGAACCAGAUCCUCACCACAAAUGCCUGGCUGCAGAUGCAGUGGUAUGACCACUACCUCCAGUGGAACCAGUCAGAGUAUCCUGGAGUUAAGAACCUCCGUUUCACCCCUGACCAGGUCUGGACACCUGACAUACUGCUUUACAACAGUGCUCAUGAUAAGUUUGAUGCCACCUUUAAGACCAAUGUGUUGGUAAACUCCAGCGGCUUCUGUGAGUAUCUGCCUCCAGGAAUAUUUGUCAGCACAUGUAACGUGGACGUGCGAUGGUUUCCGUUCGACAUCCAGCGCUGUGAACUGAAGUUUGGCUCCUGGACGUUUGAUGGCUGGCUGCUGGACAUCCAGAUGAAGGAGGCAGACGUGUCAGGAUACAUGCCCAAUGGAGAGUGGGACCUUCUGGAGGUCCCUGGAGGUCGUCACGAAGUUUUCUACGACUGCUGUGCAGAACCUUACCCUGAUGUUACGUUUGUGGUGACCUUACGACGGAGGACCUUGUUUUACGCUCUAAACCUCCUCAUCCCCUGUGUUCUGCUCUCCUCCAUGACCCUGGUGGUCUUUCUGCUCCCCGCCAACUCGGGGGAGAAGAUCAGCCUUGGCAUCACGGUUCUGCUCUCGCUGACUGUCUUCAUGCUGAUGGUUGCAGAGAUUAUGCCUGCCACUUCAGAUUCUGUACCCCUGAUAGGGCAGUACUUUGCCAGCACCAUGGUGAUUGUCGGGAUGUCCGUAGUGGCCACAGUCAUUGUCCUCCAGUUCCAUCACCACAACCCCAACAGUGGACACAUGCCACGCUGGGUGCACUUGGUUCUGCUGCAGUGGGUUCCUUGGUUCCUGCGGAUGAAGCGUCCAGGAGAGGGAGCGGAGCCGCCUCUUUCCAACUGCCAAGACUCUCAGAGCAAGACCUUGUCCUCUCCCACUACCACCGCUACCACCACUACCAUCCCCACGCCAGUGCCCCCCAUCCUCCCCCCCAGCCUCAACUCCCUGCAGGCCAGUCUAGCUCAGCUCAACCACCCUCUGUUGCACCAACUGCCCCACCGGCGCAACUCUCAGGCUGUGAUCCUCCCUAAUCAUGUCCACAGAGAACCCAGCCCCAAUCCACAUCCACAGCCCAAUGGCCACUUGCUUUACAUGGGCUUCCAGACCUUCCAAACCACGGCAGAGCUGGAGCCGGUUCAGAGGAACAGAACCACAAGUCAUGGGAGGGUUAACAGUGGACUAGGUGGAGGGGAAGGAGAGGGAGUGGGAGCAGCAGGAGGACCAGCUGGAGACACACCUAUCCAUCACCACCUCCCGUCAUCCAAGUUUGGGAGCCCCCCACAGGAAAAUCAACUGUCCCCGGACCCUGACCCAUCAACCACAUCCUCUGGACCCUGUGGCCUAGAUGCUGGGGCCGGAGCAGGGAGAUCAGCCACUGUACACACCCACAGUGGUGUGAUUCGAUCUGUGGCAGUGGACAACCAGCUGCAGGCUCUUCUGGUGGAGGUGCAGUUUUUGGUGGAGCGUGUUAAGGAGCAGGACCGGCAGCUCAGUUUGGCGGAGCAGUGGCAGUUUGCUGCAGCUGUCAUCGACCGCCUGUGCCUGGUGGGAUUCAGUGUUUUCAACAUCAUCUGUACCAUCGCUAUUCUCAUGGCUGCACCCAACUUUGGAGAGGCACUGUCAAAAGACUUCCUCUGACAGACCAAAAAGAAAGGGAUGUGACAGAGUGGAAGAUUUUAAGGCAUAAUGCAGAUGAUGAUUUGUUGGAAGCACAACUGCUGUUAAUGACACCAGGGCAUGCAGCAGCAGACAUUUCCUAUUUGGUACGCUGGAGAGGCACAUGUGGAGUGGACUAUGAUUUGGAAACAUUAUGGUGCGAUGUUACCAUUUUUCAUGAUAGAAUAUAUCUAAUGAUGCGCACAUAUAGAGUUCAUACAUUCUUUUUGUAAACGUUUCUAUGGAAGUUUGAUUGAUGUGUUUGUUUCUCCCAAAAGGCAGCACUCCAGUCUUAAAAAAGCGAAAGAAUCGUCUCAUGCAUUGAUCAUUUUUGUGAAUUUUGUUUUCAGCUAAUGGACUGUCAACUGAAACCUUUAACAGAGCAUCAAAUGAUUCAUUGGAAUAUGGAUGGUUGUGGAUUUCUUCUUAAAGUUUGACAGUUAAAUAAGAAGGGAAGAGGUUCUGGAACAGUUGUGUGAAUGAGGAUCCAAAAGUAAAAUCAUCCCAGAAUUUAUGUGAGAUCUGGAAAGCAUGACUUUACUAAAUUUGUUAUAAAGUAUUUGUACUGCCGUCUUUGGAUGCUACAUGAAGAUGCUCAGUAGAGAAACGUGCUGCAUGUAAACCUGCAUUUCCUGACAAUACAGACUCAGAUUAUCUGUGUGCUCUUCUGUUAUAAGUCACUUCCCCCAAGUA